CUCGGAAGUGACGUAAAACUGAGACGCGGUCUCCUGCUGUGGCCACUCGGCGCCUUAAGGGAGGUUUAGAUCGGUUCGAAGAGGGCGGGCUUUCUCCCGAUGGUUUUAGCAAAAGGAUCAUGACGGGAAAGAAAUCUUCCCGGGAGAAGCGGCGUAAAAGAAGCAGUCAGGAGGCUGCGGCUACGCUCGCAGCGCCGGACCUGGGACCCACCCUCGCCAGCAGUGGCAAUGGGAGCUUCAGUGGCUGCGGGAGCUUCACCUGCUGUGGGAACACGGGGAGCGUCGCUGGCGCUGGGAGCGGUGGGGAGCGCAGCGAGCGCCGGAAGCGGAGGAGCACUGAUUCAUCUUCCAGUGUUUCGGGCUCCAUGCAACAGGAACCCAAAUAUCUUUUACCAACUUUGGAGAAAGAAUUAUUUUUGGCAGACAACAGUGACCUUGAAGAAGGUGGUAUGGACCUGACCGUGUCAUUAAAACCAGUUAGUUUCUAUAUAUCAGACAAGAAAGAAAUGCUUCAGCAGUGUUUCUGUAUCAUAGGAGAGAAGAAGUUACAGAAAAUGCUUCCUGAUGUGUUAAAGAACUGUUCAAUAGAAGAAAUUAAAAAACUGUGCCAAGAACAGUUAGAGCUCCUGUCUGAAAAAAAAAUCUUGAAGAUUCUUGAGGGUGACACUGCCGUGGACUCCGAUGUGGAAGAGGAGGCAGAUGAUGGCUCUAAGGUGGCAUCCGACCUAGUCAGUCAACAAGAUAUCUGUGUAGAUUCUACUUCAUCCCUGAGAGAGAACAAGCAACCUGAAGGUUUGGAAGUAAAACAAGGCAAAGGGGAAGAUAGUGAUGUACUCAGUAUAAAUGCAGAUGCUUACGACAGUGACAUUGAAGGCCCAUGCAAUGAAGAAGCAGCUGCUCCAGAGAUUCCAGAAAAUACAGUCCAAAGUGAAGCUGGUCAGAUAGAUGACCUGGAGAAAGACAUUGAGAAAAGUGUGAAUGAGAUUCUGGGACUGGCAGAGUCUAGUCCAACAGAACCCAAAGCAGCCACCUUAACUGUUCCUCCACCAGAAGAUGUUCAGCCUUCUGCACAACAGCUGGAGCUGCUAGAACUUGAGAUGAGGGCGAGAGCUAUUAAAGCCCUAAUGAAAGCUGGUGAUAUAAAAAAGCCAACCUAGUUAUUUAACUUGAACCUGAAUUUUUGGUGUGUUUGAACAAAGCCACAUAAUAUAAUUUUGUAUCUAAUGUUUAUUUUGAGUCUUACGUGAUAUUUCUCAUAUAACCCAUAUUAGAUGAUACAGCUGUUUUCAUUGACUUGACUUUUAUAUUAUAUGUGUGUUACUUACUGUUUUAUGAGUUCAUGGCAAAUACCAUUGGAUAAUCGGAUACUUUAUUAUAUAAACUGCAGAUUAGUAUCUGAAAAGCCAUUAGCAAAGAGUCCUGGUAAAUUUUUUUUUUAAUUUUUAAAUGUUUGGGCACCAAAUUUAAAAGGCUAAGAAAAAUUGACAAAGCACGUUACUCUUAAGGUACCUAUAUUUAGCAGUGAAAUAUUAAAUUAUUGCUCCAAAAUUUGUUAACAAUGUAAGAAAUUUAGUUUUGCUUAUAUGCACUUUGAAAAUAUGAAUUGUCUUGAAGAUGCAUACCUUAUAUGUUUGUGGAUUUACUAGUAAAAACCAAGUAACUUUUUUACUAUAAGAUUUAGAGAUCUGAAAUGGCUGGGGAAAAAAACUUAGAAAAUAGCCUUAAUAUAAGGUAGUUUUUAACAAUGUAGAGUAUUUGCCCAACUUUAAUUCCAGCAGACAAGCCAUUCUAACAGGCAUUUGAUAUUAUUGGACACUUUGUUCAAGUGUUUUUCUUCACUAAAAAGGGAACACAUUUUCAUUUUCAUUCCAAGCUAUCAGGAGAAGGAGAAUAUUUUAUCAUGCCAGCUUUCAUCUAGUGUAUUUGCCUGAAGAUCUGAUGCACUAAAAUUCCAUGAAUUAAAAAUAAUAAAGAUUGUCAUUCUGGAUUUGAAAACUUUUGGUACAUUUCGAAAAGCAAAAUUAAUUUCAGGAAGCUUUGUUAAGUUGAUGUUAUAAUCUGGUUUUGUAUAGUUUUUGUAAAUAACAUCUUGCCACAAUUAUGGAUGCUUUUUGCCCCAUCACUAAUUGUAGUUGUUUGAUAACAAAAUAAAUUUAGGUAGAGAUCCUUAACUUAAAAUAAAUUUUUUCUCUAAAAU